CUUUUUCCCCACCCGGCUCCUCCUCCCCUUCCUCCUCCUCCUCCCCAGGAACCUUUCUAUUGCCUAGCGGCCACUUCCUUCUUCAGACUCUUCCUCCCCAACACACUGAAGAAGAUAACCGGGUCUAGACCGACUCGACACCAAUUCUUCAUUGAUAAAGAAAACGAAGCUAUAGGUUGCAAUGAAUGUGGAUCAUGAAGUUAACCUCUUAGUGGAGGAAAUUCAUCGUUUGGGUUCAAAAAAUGCUGAUGGAAAGUUAAGUGUGAAAUUUGGGGUCCUCUUCCAAGAUGACAAAUGUGCCAAUCUCUUUGAAGCAUUGGUAGGAACUCUCAAAGCUGCAAAACGAAGGAAGAUUGUCACAUAUCCAGGAGAGCUACUCUUGCAAGGUGUUCAUGAUGAUGUUGACAUUAUAUUACUGCAAGAUUAAUGUAGUUUGCAUAUCUUUGUGUAAUUGAAUUUUUUUUCGUUUCUGGUAAAUUGGAAUAUUAAAUCAAAGGACCAACACAUGCUUACUUAAUGUAUUUUUAUAGAACUUUGUAAACAAAUGGGGCUCAUAUUUUACAAGUCUGUCCUUUUUUAUAUCUUUAAAGAAAUUGUUUGUACCACACUGUAAAAAUAAAGAAAACCUAUUAUUUUUCUCAGAAAUCUGACUGGGAAAUAUAGGCAAUGAGACUUUUUUUUUUUUCCUUGAAGGGGGUAGCGGAAUGUUUGUUUCAUAAAUCACUCUUAGACAGUUUCUACAGAUAUUUAACAUUCUGUCAAAGCAGGAAGCAAACUGAAGAUCCACUCCCACAAGAAAUGUUAUGUUUGUGUAAUAAAAACAUGUAACUCUUAAAAUUG